AAAACAUCCCGGCCGCGAAGGUCCUGGCAGAUGAGCAAAUGACCCUUUCAUCUUCCAACCGUAAUUACCUCUUUGAUUAAUGAAUUCAAUGACGGGACCAACAUCUGCCUAAUUCUAUCCCGGAGACAGACAAAGAUAUACUGAAUCCUUGAUUCGCUCGUAGUAGCCAUCAUGUUGGCGGCGCAUCGCGACCAAGAGAACCUGGUCGUUAGCCAGCAAGUUCCAACCAAACAGCAACACAAUACACGAUUUCCAAAAACGCCAUCUCGAUUUCCUCAGCAUGACGAGAAUGCUCCCACUGCCUUUACUGGCAAGACCGGAUUGGGUGGAGUGAAGACGAUCAACAAAGGCAAUGGAACACGACAGGCCAUGGUUACCCCAAUGGGUACCCAGAAUCGAGCUCCUCUGGGCAACAAGACCACCAAUGCCAAGGCUAAGAACGGGCAACUUGGUGGUGUUAAGAACAUCAUCCAGGGUAUUGAGCAAACGCAACUCAAGCCAACGGCACAGAAGCCCAAGCAGCGACCAGUGGAUCUUGCACCUCUCGAAAUCCGACUCAAGGAAGAACAGAAGCCCAUCGAGCCACAGGAAGAAGAACCUGAAUAUGCCCCGCCAAAGCCCAAGGAUCUCCCAUACGAAUCGGACUGCUUUCCCAAGGAUAUGCUGACCCUCGAGGGCUUGAAGAAGGAAAAUAUUCUGAAGGGAUACUAUCAGCAUUUCUACAAUCCAGUCGAUGAUGAUGGAGUUUCUCGACAGGACAGGGAGUUUGCAGAGACAAUGAAGAAGGUUGCUGCCAAGGCGGAGGAGAGAAAUAAGCAAGAGAGAGCUGCUUUGACCUUCAACAUUGACGAUCUUUCGGACACCGAAGUGCAGAUCAAGGCACCAGCACCAACGGGUACUAUUGCGGACUCGGGGCGGAAGGUCACAGGCAUCCGAACCAAGCAGCCUUCAAGUCUGGCAUCAAGGCGCGCUGCCUCUGCUUUGUCCAUCCACUCAGACGCCAGUAGCAACAGCAAGGCUUCGAGUGUGGCACGAACAACGAAGAUUCGAAAGCCUCUCACUUCUUUGUAUCAGAGCAAAAAGCCUGUCGCCAGAAGUGUGGUGCCUGCCAAGACAUCGCCUGCAGAGAGUGCUACUGGCGUUGCUGCAUCACGAACCACUAUCGGCUACAACCGGGGUAGAUCAGCAUCCUCAGUGGUCAACGCUCAACGUCGCGGGACUACCGCACCUGUUGGAACACAGCGUGCUGUCAAGCCCGUCGAGACAGUCAACUCUCUUCAGUCUGAUCUUACUAUUACCCCAACUCGUCUCCGUCAGGCGGUAAAGCAGCAGGAGGAAACCAAGCCGAGACCUCAGUUCAUGUCUAUCUUCGAUGAGGAUGGAGAUGAUGAUGAUCUCCCACCUCUGAGCCAACCGCUUGACAUCUCUGACGAUGAAGAGGAGGAGUUUGAGCUGAAGCUGAACUUCUAGGCCAUCAUCUUGUACUGUAAAAAUAUUUGGCGUUUGGGAAGAAGCUUGUCGUGAUCUUAACAUGGGACGAGACGGAGUUUGGAAGGUUCUGAAUUGAGAGGUCACAAUGGCUGUGCUUUUUUUAUAUUUGUAUGCCAGAUGGUUCAUGUCGAAGUAUUAGCUGCACCUAGCAAAUAUUGACAUGAAUAAAUUUGUUAGUAAUGACUUAACCUGAC